CAAUACAGCCCAAGCCCCGUCGAUGGCAAAAACGUAAAAUGACUUCUUCUUCUUCUUCUUCAACGAGACUCUACUACACCCUUCGACGACUCGAGAUCGAGAGACGCGAGCGCGACUCUCCUCCCAGGCGGCGGCCAAGAUGUUUGACGAUCAAGACUUGGGUUUCUUUGCCAAUUUCUUGGGCAUCUUCAUAUUUGUCUUGGUCAUCGCUUACCACUUUGUGAUGGCAGACCCGAAGUAUGAGGGAAACUGAUGCCAUUUUUGUUGAGCAAAGGGAUCAUAUGAUCCUCAGAUCAAAAUAGUGCGAUGUAUGCCAGUUAAUGAUAGCAAUAGUGCUUGACUGUUAUUGUAAGUUCUUACGCGAAAUCUGGACCUGCAAUUUCUGGCAUUUUGACAUUACACAUGUUUAAUCGAUUGAAAUAGUGAAUCCAGGAUAUUCCAAAAAAAUUGAUUAUACUUAUCUAGUAUCUGCAAUUCUGCAUAUGCUAGUCCGAUGGGUGCUGGCUUACUCUAUGAUUUUUCUCUCCCCAAUUUGUUGGAUGUGGAAAAACCAAAUCAUUGCUGCGUGCCCUCGAUCAUGAUAUGUUGUUUUGGUAAUUCUGAAUGAAUAUGCUUCAAUAUCAGAUACAUGUGCAGUUCAAGUAUCCAGCAUAUCCAUGUUCAAAUGCUAAAAAAUCAUCACCUGUUGCAUUUUUAGCUCUUCUUCUUAAGCAGAUUUUGCACCUGCACGAUUGAAACAUGGAGGAUUCCAACUGCAAAAAUCUCUUGGCUGGUCACCGUUCACGGAAAACACCUCGAAAAUAGGUUAGCCAAGCUUACCCCGAACCAUUCCUUAUGCCCUAAAACUUACAAGGCCCAUACCCAACACAAGAACCAUCUCACACCCAUUUAACUCCUCUCCUUUCUCCCACUUUCUUGGAGCUCAAACAUCAAAUCUUCCUGUGUGAGAGAUCAAGAGAGAGGAAGUGAUAGAUUUUUUUUACCUGACCUAGCUGUUUGAUACUUUGAUUUGUUAAUUUCUUGUGCAUUUGCUGUUUGUGAUCCGUUGCUGUGAUCGAUGUGCCCCUGAACGAGGUCCACGACGUCGUUGGAGUUGGCGCCGGCGAGCCGGCGAAGAUGGAUCGCCGCCGCGCGGCGGAGCUGAUGCUGCUGUCCCUCUCCUCGCAGAGAACGCGCAUGGCGCUCGUGGGUGGCAACCACACCGCCGCCCGCUUCUGCACCCGCUAACCCCGCCGCCGCCGCCGUCUCCUCCUCUUCUUCUCCCAUCUCUUCUCUCUCUUGAUCAUCUUCUCCGUUCAUCUCUGCUCUGAGUGUGUUUGAUCCUCUUCUUGGCGAUAUUUUUGUGUUGGGAUCAAUGGCGACGAUGAAGAAAUUAGCUGCGAGGGAUGGCAGGGCCGCCAGCAAUGGCAGGCUCCUCCGGCUGGUGGCGCGGGCGGCGCUCCUCGCCGUCGUCGUGCUUUCUCUCGUGUCGCUCCGGCUGGUGCUCUCGCCGGCCACGGCGGUGGGCGACGACGGCGAGCUCUACCUGCCGGUGCUACUCGCCGAAGUAAGCGACCGCGGCUACCUGCGCCACGGCAGCCGCUCGGUGUUCGUCGGCGACGCCGGGUCGUGGGCGCCGUUCCUCGAGCGGCACCACGUCGCCGUCUUCCGCGCCGGCAAGCUCCGCGAGCUCGCCGACGAGUCCGUCGACGCCGUCCUCUUCGACGGCGACGCGGUUCAGCUCGGCGCCGUCAACCGCGUCCUCAAGCUCGGCGGCGUCGCCGCCGGUUUCGCCACGUCGGGGUCGUCGACGUUGCAGCUGCCUGACAACUACAAGGCCGUGUUCGCGCACAGGUCGGAGGCGGCCAUCGCCUUCGCCGUGGAGAAGACCACGCCGCCGACCACGAGCGCCGCCGUGACGGCUUCGCCGGUGGGACCUCACCGGAAGCUCCUCGCAUUGCCGGGGAGCAAGAAGGACGACGCGUUGGCCGGUCUCGAGGCCGUGCUCCUCGAGCCGCCGCAGAGGCAGCACCGGCGAAUCAUCCGGCGGCUGCGGCCAAGGUACCUCCCGGAGCUGACCGGCGACUCGCUGGAAGGCUACCGCCGACGAACGUUCAUCGACGUGGCGCCCUCUCGCGGCGGCGGCGCGGCGUCGUGGUUCAAGAAGCACUACCCGAGAGGGAAGCGCGUGUUCGACAUGGUGCGCCUCGACGCCGCCGACGCGACGGAGCCGGCGGCGAGCUCAUCGGCGGCGGGGAUCGCCGAGUGGCUGGAAGGGAACGUGAGGGAGGAGGACUACGUGGUGGUGAAGGCCGGCGUGGAGGCCGUGGAGGAGAUCCUCCGCAGGCGCGCCGCCGUCCGCCGCGUCGACGAGCUCUUCCUCGACUGCGACGCCGGCGCCGGCGCCGACGCGGCGCGCCGCCCCUACUGGGAGUGCCUGGCGCUGUACGGCCGGCUGCGUGACCACGGCGUCGCCGUGCAUCAAUGGUGGGAGCUCAUGAAUGCUCGACCACGUAGAGAGAGAAAGAAGAGAGAGAGAGAGAGAGAGAGAGAGAGAGAGAGUGAAAUGAUGGAGCUCAUGAGAGGGAAGAGAUCACUUUGGGUUCAGAACAAACUAUGAAUAUGCAGGGUACUGAUUAACAGCUAACGGAUAAAUAUAUUUGGUUUUGGUUGGGGAAGAGUAUAAACUUAUGUAAAUCAAGCAAAACAGUUGUUCCAAGAUUGGACAAUUUUUGGAUCUUGAAAUUCAACCAGCAAGUAAAUAUAUAUUCAUGUAUCAAGCAUGUGUGUUUGGCCAAAAUCAUUCUUCUAGGGCAUCUUUCUUAUGGUACUGAUGAAGACAAACUUGUACUCCCUCUAUUUCCUAUUUCUCCUAUGUAAAGUAACAUAGUUGGGCAGCAAGCACAAGAACGAAUGAUUCUAUUUCCUAUUUCCUAUUAGAAGAAUGCUUUGGGUUUAUUUUAAGUCAAACUCUUGACUGACUUUGUAAAAUAUGUAGCAAUAUCUGUAACAUCAAAUUAGGUUAUUAAUUCUACCAUUGUUUUUUUUGUUA